AUGGUUCGCAAACUCUCAACGUCUUCGUUCUACAUCCAGUUAAAUCAGAUUGUGGACGAUCGUUCGUCGGAUCAGAUCAUCGUUUGGGACUUGAAAAAGCUUCGCAGCGACAUUCUUUCCAAAUACUCCUCCGUACUGGGCAGAAACUUGACAGAGUUUAUCGCAAAGCUUCGCUCUCAUGGCUUUCCAAGUGUCGCCAAGGGUCCUGGGGAGUUGGAGUUCUCACAUGAUGAUUUCGCGAGAAGCCCUCUGAUGAAGAAGAUGAUGGUCAAAGCCUUGUCGGAGAGGAUUGAAAAGUUUGAUGCUCAGAUCAAAGCCAUGAAGUGUAGGCUCAAAGCCAAGAAAGCUACCCUCAAAGUUGAGAAUCUCUUUCAAAACCUGCGAAUCUGAUCAACCAAGAAAAUUCAAGAAAAGGGCUAGACUUCGUCUCAAAAGUAGAGAGAAUCUCUUGCAUAGUUUAAGGAUCUGAUCAAAGUUUCACAUCUCUUCUUG